GGGGGGUGAACAAUCUUGCUUUUUUUUCAACGUCAUUCCCCCAAACCCACCCCCUCCAUUUGCCGAGCACCACCCGGUUGUGCGUAGUGCAAAUGUCUAUCCUUACGCUUCCUAGUCCCCCAAAGUCCUGGGACAAGAACAAGGACUAUGUUAUUCACAACUCAAUAUCAGAGUUCUAUUCGGCGCCUAUAGAGCCUGUUGGAAAAGCUUUUAUUGCUGUUGCACGUCGCCAUCGUCAUAAGCGUACACUCUCUGAAGACGAGCGCAUUGAGCAAGCAUUGGAGGAUGCGAAAGACGAGGAUAUUUCGUUGGACGAUGAUGAACCUGAGACUCCGAAAUUGUUGAAAAGUGAUCCUUUAAAGUGGAAGGAACAAGAUCACUACGCCGUGUUGGGUCUCUCAAAGUUGCGCUGGAAGGCCAGUGAAGAAGAGAUCAAGAGAGCUUAUCGAAGGAAGGUAUUGAAGCACCACCCGGACAAGAACCCCGACGGUUCCGAUUCCUUUUUCAAAUGUGUACAGAAAGCAUGGGAAGUAAUGAGUGAACCUGUGAAGCGUCGUCAGUGGGAUUCGGUGGACCCCAAGUUCGACGAUUCCGUCCCAAGCGCGAAGGCAAAGGGCGAUUUCUUCAAGCUUUACCAACCUGCGUUUGAAAAGGAAGCGAGGUUUUCCAAGAUACAGCCGGUUCCUGAACUCGGCAGUGGUGAUUUGACACGUGACGAAGUGGAAGCAUUUUACAACUUUUGGUUCAACUUUGAUUCAUGGCGAACAUUUGAGAACCUUGAUGAGGAGGACACAGACAAUGUAGAAAGUAGGGAGGAAAAGAGGUGGUUGGAACGACGGAACAAGGCUGAGCGUACAAAGAGGAAGAAGGCGGAUAACGCUCGUGUAAACAAACUGGUUGAGCAAGCCUUCCAGGCUGAUCCACGCAUCAAAAAAUUCCGUGAGGAUGACAAAGCCGCAAAGGAAAGUAAGAAAAGGGAGAAAGAGGCUGCUGCCCGCGCUGCUGAGGAGGAAGCUAAGCGAAAGGCUGAAGAGGAACAGGCAGCCAAAGAAAAGGCUGAAGCUGAGGAACGAACCCGUCAGCAGGCUGAAAAGAAGGAGCGAGAAGCUGCCAAAAAUGCGCUCAGGAAAGAGAAAAAAACAAUCAAGCGCAUCAUGCGGGACAAUAAUAACUUCUUGCCCGAGGAUGCCUCCCCCGAUGCGGUUGCUACACAGCUCCAGAAAUUGGAUGAAAUCAUGGAAUUCCUUGAUGUUAGCGGACUGGAGCAGUUCCGUAAGAAGCUGGAAGAGGCAGCACCCGGUGGAGCAGAUGAUUUAGUAUUGGUUCUCGAUGAGGAGCAUAUGGCGAUGGUAGAGGCUAAAGACGCACAAAAGCAAGCGGCCGAUGCCAGCAGAGAAGAAGCAAAAGCCAAAGAAGAGAAAAAAGUCGUGAAAGCGCCAUGGAGUGCAAAGGAACUUGCGACGCUAAUUAAGGCCGUUAAGCUAUUCCCGGGAGGAACUAUUGAUAGAUGGGAGAAAAUUGCCGAGUAUAUAAAUGAGCACGGUGGGGAGGAGGGCGAGAGUGCCGAAACAAAAGCCAGUCGUCAAAGAACAGCAAAGGAAGCCAUCAGCCAGUCCAAAGUUGUACAGUCAGCUCAAGCGGCUGACCGUCAAAGACUGCAACAGGCCGCGAAAAAACCGGUAGCCAAAGUGGAAAUUAAUGACAAGCCAACCGAGCGGGUGGAGCCUGCGACCGCUGCAGCACCAGACGAAGCCUCCACCGCAAAAGCUGUCGUCAAUGGUGACAAGGCAGCUCCGAAGGCACCACAACCAUCCAUGCCCGCACCACCGAACGCGUCCUGGUCUACCGAGCAACAGAUUGCCCUUGAACAAGCCAUGCGAAAGUUCCCUGCGGCCAGCUUUAGGGAAAAUCCUAAUGAACGGUGGGAGAAAAUUACGUCGGAAGUCGCUGGUAAAACGAAGAAGGAGAUCAAACAACGAGUCAAGGAACUCGCUGAAAUGGUCAAAAAGAAGAAGCAGCAAUCUUGAAUUACUCCACCUCCAUCAAAUCAAAUUGCUACACGACGUUUUUUUUAUUUCAUUGUGUUUGGUUUCUCCCAUCAUUUUACUUUAUUCUGUUUCUCGGAGGGGAGGCGGAUGAAGAUGAUGGGAGGUUGUUAAUGCACAUAUUUUACAUAUUAGGAAAUAGAUUUUCUUUGUUGCUGAUAAUGCUUGACGAGUCAAAUGCUAUCUAUUUGGGACUAUGAAGUCUAUAAACGCAGCUGGGCAGCUCACGCAGAGCUUUUGCUGCACAAUGAUGUAGUUACAUGUUGAAACUCCACUACG